AUGGCGACGAACAAUAGAAAUUAUUGUGCGAGGGUUGAACGAAGGGCACUUGAAGCCCCCAAAAAUUUGAUGCAGGCAAUACUGAUAUUAGCAGAAGCCAUAAUGUUGUUUUUUUACACCGAGAGAUGCCACAUCUUCAACUUGCACAGAGCCAUCGCUCAUGCAGUGUUGGACAAGGGUAAGAAAACGAUUGAAAGUGAAUGCCGAGAAAGAAGUGAUUGUGCAGAAGUGAAAGGCCGUCAAAUUUUAGAGGAGUUAUAUGAGUUGAAGAGAUUGUUGAGAUGUGCCAUGCUUUUCGGCAGCCGAAAACGCGUUUUGCAAUUUCGAUUUGCUGGUGGAUUCGAUAAGGAGGAUGUCCUCUACAGGAAGAGAACAUCUAGGAUUCUGAAGCCCGCUUUCAUGGUUAUACGUGAUAAAGAAUCAAAAUGUUUACUCGUGUUCAUCCGUGGAACGCAUAGCAUAAAAGACACUCUCACAGAUGCACUGUGUGCUCCUGUCUCUUUCAAUCACAACAUGGUUUCAGGACAUGCACACCGUGGUAUGGAUUCUGCAGCUUCUUGGAUUAAAAAAAAAUGCAUUCAUGUACUACUUGAAGCUCUUCAUCAAUACCCCCACUUCAAAAUCAAGAUUGUGGGACACUCCUUAGGUGGUGGUACUGCUGCACUGUUGACUCUUAAGCUUAGAGAAAUUCAACAGUUUUCUUCAACAACUUGUGUCACAUUUGGCCCAGCUGCCUGUAUGACAUGGGAGUUGGCUGAGUUCGGAAAACCCUUUAUCAUUUCCAUUGUAAAUGGUUCUGACAUAGUGCCAACACUGUCGGCUUCUUCUGUUCAUGAUUUCAUUGCUGAGGGUCGGAAUAAGGGUAAAAUAUCUACUGCCAAAGCCAUUGCAAAACUUGCAGUAAACUGUUGCACCGAGGUUGUGAAGAAGCAUAAACACUCCUUUUUACCGUGGUCCCAACGUGAGAACAUUAACACAUUGUCAGAUAACUUGGGUGAAGCUUCUGGGUCAUCUGGGACAAGUUUUGAACCUUUUUUAACUGAAGAGCUCUUACUCAUAGAAUCUAUUGAUGAUGAUGAAUAUGAUUCUUCCAGUGAACGAUCUGACAAUGAUGACGAUGAAGAGAAAUUGUUGAAUCAAAUGGGGAAUCUUGAAUUAGGAAAAUGUACUAAGGAGAAAGAUAUCACUGAAGAUAGUGUUAGUCAAGAUACAACAUCAGCUAGGCGACGCCUUUAUCCACCAGGCAGGAUCAUCCAUAUGGUCACUUCACAGAUCUCUGAAAAUUCGAACUCAAACCACAGUGAUGCUGAUGACAAACAUGUCUGCUUAUAUCAAACGCCUACACAGCUGUAUGGAAAACUCAGAUUUUCAAGAGGGAUGAUACUGGAUCAUCCCACGAAAAAGUAUCUGAAGAAGUUGCAACAAUUAAUCAAUAAACUAGAGAAAGAGUGA